AAAUAGCCACGAUCCAUCUGCUAAACUCUUUGGUUUCCAAUUCCCUUCUCUAUCAAAAAGAAAAGAAAAGGAAAGGAAACUCUUUGCUUAACACGGCAUGGCAAGUCGAGACGUCGAGGACCAGUUCAGAUGCGCGUGCCCUUCCUCCCCGUUUGUCCCGAGCCCGAGCCAACUAGCCAAAGCUCCGGCGACCGUGUCAGGACGCGCUCGCCGGACCAAACGAACCCCAAGCUUCCGCCUUUCCGCUGACCCCACCCCAUGGCCGCCUCCACCGCGGUGCUGGCCGCCAUCCUGCUCAUCGACGUCGUCGCCUUCGGUCUCGCCAUCGGUGCCGAGCAGAGCCGCCCCACGGCGAGGCUGGAGACGGACGUGAGGCGGGAGUGGACCUACUGCGCGUACCGCCCGGAUGCGGCCACGGGGCUAGGCGGUGCCGCGCUCGCGUUGCUGUUCGUGGGCCAGGCGGUGGCCGCCGUCGCCAGCCGAUGCUUCUGCUGCGGCGCCGCGCUGAGGCCUGGCGGCGCCCGGGCCUGCGCGCUCAUCCUCUUCCUCUCCUCCUGGUUGACGUUCAUCAUCGCUGAGGCAUGCUUGCUGGCUGGGCUGGUGCAGUCUGCCUACCACACCCGCUACCGGACAGUGUUCUUCGAGAACCCGCCGGACUGCGAGACGGUGCGGAGAGGCACGUUCGGAGCCGGCGCGGCGUUUGCCCUGACCACCUGCGUGCUCACCUCGGCCUACUACUACUUCUUCUCCAAGGCGCGAGUCACCUUCCACCGCCGGGAAGCCACCAUCGGCAUGACACCGCUGUAACAGUCUCCUCUGCUACGAUGAUUUUCGACAGAAGAGAAAAAAAACUCACUCAGCGAUGUUGUAACAGUUUUGAUAGCAAUGCUUUGUGUGUUUUGAGCUUUUGCACAUAUUUCCCGGCUGGUAUGUGAGUGUGAGUUGAAUUCAUGCAGGGAAGGCUGCUGGACCAACCUGCCAUCGCUUAUUUUUCCCAUUACUCGUUUUGCAGUGGUUUCA